AGAUGGACAACUUCUCUGCAGAAAUGAAAGCUGCUCUUGAAAACAAUGACCAGGCGGCUGCUGCUAAACUGGCCAAAGAGCGUUUAGAGGCAAUAGACAACGCUUCACUGACCAUCGGAGUCACUGGAGAGUCGGGCUGUGGUAAAUCCAGUUUCGUCAAUGCUCUCAGAGGCCUGAAGAACUCUGAUGAGGGAGCUGCUCCGACUGGACCUGUGGAGACCACUAUGGAGCCAAUUGAGUACCCCCAUCCAGAUCACCCCAACGUUAAGAUAUGGGACCUGCCUGGGAUUGGCACGCCUAAUUUCAAAGCUGACCAGUACCUGGAGAAAGUGGAGUUUGAGAAAUAUGACUUCUUCCUCAUCAUCUCUAACACUCGCUUCAAAGAAAAUGAUGCAAAACUGGCUCACGAAAUUCAGAAGAUGAACAAAAAGUUCUACUUUAUUCGAUCCAAAAUUGACCAAGACAUCCAAAAUGAAAAAAGAGACAAGAAAGUGUUUAAUGAGAGAGAAACUCUUUCACUAAUUAGGAACAACUGUGUUGAAGGACUUGAGCAGCUGGAGAUCGAGUCACCAAAGGUCUUCCUGGUCUCCAGCUCUGACCUGCACCUGUACGACUUUGAAGCUUUGGGGCAAACUCUGGAGAGUGAACUUCCUGAACACACACGAGACGCUCUCCUGCUGGCUUUGCCUAACAUCAGUCUGGAGGCCAUCAACAAGAAGAAGCAGGUUUUAAAGAGCAGAAUUAAACUGUAUGUUUUGGGAUCUGCUGCAGGGGCAAUGUCGCCGAUCCCUGGAACUUCUGUUGUUGUUGAUAUUGCCCUCAUGGUGAAAUUUGUAAAAGAGUGUCAGAAAUCUCUGAGUCUUAGUGAUACGUCUUUGAUGAGACUUUCUGAAGCCACAGGUGUCUCCAUGGAGGAGCUCAAAAAAGAGAUCAAAUCCCCUCUGACUGGGGUCAAAAUAACCGCAGAGCUCGUGAUUGGAGUCCUGAGGAGCUUUAUACUUGUGGGGGGACUUCUUGCAGCACAGGAGGGAACCAAGUUUGUUCCUUUUCUUGGAAUACCUUUUGCAAUGGGUUUUUCUGCUUUAUCAACAUACCUUGCACUCAAGUACUUACUAGACACCCUGAGUGAGGAUGCACAAAGUGUUUUCAAAAAAGCCAUGGGGCUGCCCACAGCUGUUUAACUGAAGCAGUUUAUGCAAUAAUCCAUCCACG